UGUCUCUGCUCUACUCAGUCCCCGAGCACCAGUGAGCAACCAGUGUCAUUCCGAGUAUUCAGACUCUAUAUUAAUUUUCAGAUAAACGGUUUGUUCUUUUUUCAUGGGGAAGUGUUAUCCAACUGUGAGCGAGGAGUACCAGAAAGCGGUUGAGAAAUGCAAGAGAAAGCUGAGAGGACUCAUCCAAGAGAAGCACUGCGCUCCUAUAAUUCUCCGAGUGGCGUGGCACUCGGCUGGGACGUUCGAUGUGGCAACGAAGACCGGAGGGCCGUUCGGGACGAUCAGGGACCCUGCGGUGCUGGCUCAUGAAGCAAACAAGGGACUCGAGAUUGCAGUCAGGAUUUUGGAGCCGAUCAAGGAGCAGUUUCCGAUUCUCUCAUAUGCAGACUUCUACCAGUUGGCUGGAGUAGUAGCUGUAGAAGUAACAGGAGGGCCAGAGAUUCCUUUCCACCCUGGUAGACCGGACAAAGAAGAAGCACCACCGGAAGGUCGCUUGCCUAAUGCCAACAAAGGUGUGGAUCAUUUGAGGGAUGUGUUUGGCCAUAUGGGUCUCAGUGACAAGGACAUUGUUGCAUUAUCUGGUGGACACACCUUGGGUAGGUGCCACAAGGAGCGCUCUGGAUUUGAGGGACCCUGGACAACCAAUCCCCUCAUUUUCGACAACUCCUAUUUCAAGGAACUUAUUAGUGGAGAGAAGGAAGGUCUGAUCCAGCUUCCAUCAGAUAAGGCUCUUCUUGAGGAUCCAGUUUUUCGUACUUUUGUUGAGACCUAUGCUGCGGAUGAGGAUGCUUUCUUUGCUGACUAUGCUGAAGCUCAUUUGAAGCUUUCAGAGCUUGGAUUUGCAGAUACCGAGUGAAGGAAUUGUAAACAAGCUAGGUGGUGCCUUGUAUGAAUUCUCCUAUACUAAUAGACUGAAUUUUUGCUUGUAAUACUUUGUGCUGUAUAUUUGGUUUUCUGGCAAUGUCCAUAGAAGGCAAGCUAUAAUAACAUGGCAGCUGCACUGCUAAACUAGUUGGGUAGUUGGGCAAACUAGUGUUUAUAAUCAUGGGGAGAAAUGACCCUAUAUAUCUUGUGUUUGAAAAUUGGAGUGGAAGUUAUGUUUUUGUCUUUUAUCAAAA